AUGUCGAACUUGAACAAGCUCGAUUUCUCCACUCUAGAAGUCUCCGGAAGAAAUGAUCUAAAGUGGGUUCAAGACGUGAAGCUCCAUCUCACUGCAAAGGGCAUUAGAGCCACCAUCGAGACACCUAUCGCCGACAAACCUAUUGACAAAGCUCAGAAGGCUACUGCAAUGAUCUUCAUUCGAAGACACAUCCAUGAUGCACUACAUACUGAGUAUCUCGCUGAGGAGGACCCACGCACCCUCUGGCUUGCUCUGGCCAAUCUUUUCGAUCACCAGAAAGACAUAUACUUGCCUGAGGAUCAUUGGUCACGUUUAUGCCAAGCUUCCCCUGAGGCCAUUGCCACGUAUCAUUCUCGUCAUGAGUCUAACUUUACACAUGUGGAUCAUCUGGAAGAUGCAACUACAUCCAUAGAGAUAUUGGACUUCCAGGAGGCAUCAGCGCCUAUGGAUGAAUAA